GUGAACACCAACUUCCAUGGCGACGUGACCAUCCUACAGUCUUCUGCAGGCCAAGAAGCCCUCAAGAGGAAAAAUCAAUCCUUCUGCAGAGCCCCACAGGAUGUGCUGGGCAACCUUUGCUAUGUGGAAGACCUUUAUGUGACCAAUAGCCACCGACUCAACAGCCGGGUUUGUCAAGCGUUUGUCACUUCUGCCAUGAAUGGGCAAAAGAAGAAGGAA